UAUCAUCAAAGGAAGCAGAGAUAUUCUAAGCGCUACAGUUAGAGAAAACACCCUGUGUAUAUAUAUAUAUAUAUGUAUAAGAAUUGCCUCCCCGGUGCACAAUGUUCGUACAUGUUCGUUUUACUCGAGGUGAUAAGCCUUCGUUUAUCUGUAAUUAUGUCCAUAAUUGAAGCUGGUCCUCUUUCAGACGUCAGUACAUACUCGAUUUCAUGAAGAUGUGAACUCGCGUCCGUGUAUGUAUGCGUGUGAUACCUCUCGCUAUUUUAUUAUAAAUAAUUUUGAUUAAUUAGUAAAGAUUUAAUUUAUAUAAAUGUUCUGCAUCUUUUUUUACGUGUUACUGGUUCAAUAUUGAUUCAAUUUAUUGAAUUUCUUAUUCUGUUUAGCCACGAGGGCAGUGAAAGUAUGAAUGUUGUUCAAAAAUUUUAAUGAAAAACGUUUGAAAAAUUGUAUCAAGGCCCUAAGCUCUCUCUAAGCUGCCAUCCUUUGCUUUUAUAUAUAUAUAUAUAAGUCGGAAACGAGGAGUGACACGAUGCAAAAUUCUUGCGUCCGACAGCUUUAUCUUGCAAUUUUUCCGCAUAAAAAUAAUAUUUUUGUAAUCUUGAAACCUGUAAAAUGUGCCAGAAACUCUCUGAUAAGUGUCCGAUAUAUUCCGUCAUGAAAAAAGUUUUCCGCACAUUUCGCACUUCUGAAGAUAAAAAAAAUUUGAAUUUCCAAUGGGACGAUUGAAAAGUAACGCGAGAAGACGCAAGAAACUUUUCGGGAUUCGAGUCUGACACCGCAGGCGAGGAAAGUCGAGAGUUCUAGACCUCAAGUUUCUGUGCAUCGAAAAUUUUCUUACAUGAAUGCGUGAUUAAUAUAAUAUUAAUGCGUAUAAGAGUAUUCCUACAUUUAAAAGUAUUCCUUAGUGUAACAUUUGCUCACUUUAUUUCGGCUAUUUUGUUAUAUGAUUUUGUACCGCAGUGAAUAUGGAUAAAUUCUCAGCGCGUUCAGAAACGAUUGUCCUUGCCGCCUAAACUUGCCAGUGACAAUCUCGGUAUAUCUUCUUCCAUAUGAGAAAGUGUUGCAUAAAAAUAAAAAAAUAAAAAUGAGCAUGUAUUAUAUACAGUUAGAUUACACAAGAUAUAUAUAAUAACUUCGUUAAGGCCUAAGAUGUAUAUAUCUCAUUUUUAUUAUGCGAAAUAAUUAUAACAUUCCUAUUUUAGUCCUAUUUUAGUCCUAUUUUAGUCCUAUUUUAGUCCAGACAGAAAAUAUCGAGCUUGUUUAGAAUAAUGAUAGUUGAUAAUACUUGAACGUACCGGCACAUAUCUUUUUGUAUCAUACAUGUAGUACACGUAUGCCAAUACAAUUGCUCUCAUAAAUUAAUAUACGAUCAUACAUCAUUUUUGCAUUACUGCGAAUCAGUAGGAAAUCUGUUUAAUUAACUCGCUUCUCGAUUUUUGUGUAAAAAAUUAUUGCAAAGAGAUUAUCUGAAGUAAUAUCGGUGGAUUGAGGUAAAAGUGAGACACGCUCGUCAUCCCAGCGUGACGUAAGAGCGUCAAUGUCAAGAGCGCGUAAAUGGGUGAAGGUAAACGGGCGAGUGGCUUUCCUCUCUCGCCGAGAGAUCUGACACGCAAUUACUUCCGAAGCAAGCAGUACCGAUCUCGCUCAGGAAGGCUGAAUCGAAGAUCGAACUCUGGCUCUCGAGCGGAGUCGAAUGCCUUUUCGUCCGUGCAAAUAGCAAUCUUGCGAGGCGGUAUGCCGCAUUCCCUGCAUCCUCGAGUCCUCGCGGAAGUGGCGGGUGUGAAGAUCGUAACGUCCCUGCCCGAGGAAGAUGCGAAUUCGCUGGCGCCGGGAAAGAUGAUACUCCAAAUGCAGAAGACGAGCGCGUCGCCGGAGGUGCACGGUAAAUCCUGCGGGUUUCACCUCACCAAGUCCAAGUGGGAUCCGUAUCCGUGGAUCGGCUACGUGGAGGAUAACAGUCCGGCCGAUUUAGCCGGAUUGAAAGCUGGCGACUGCCUGUUGGCCGUCGACGAUAACGAUCUGCUGGGACUGAAGAUCAGAGACAUCGCCGCUCUGAUUCGCGCUCAGGAAGGCGCGCGCAACGUAAAUCUCUCCGUCUGGCGGUACACGCACGAGAACGAGGAGCAAAAUUCUACCGGAUUAGCUCUGAAGGGUCCGCUUCCGGAUGUAGCUAGGAAUCUAGCAAGUGCAGUGUCAGGAACGGUCCGCGCUUUGGAGUGUCCAAUCUGCCUGGAGAGCGCCGCGCCCCCGGUCUCGCAAUGCGUUCACGGUCACAUCUUGUGCGUCGUCUGCAGGCCGAAGACGACGCGCUGUCCAGUUUGCCGAGUCCGACUUGGUCAAGGCCGGUGUCUCCUCGCGGACAAGUUGCACAGGGUGCUCCGCGACACGUUCAACGUGAACGGGAUGACCGACGAGGCACAAGGCGCUGGCGCGCCCGAUCGCUCCAACUUGCGCGAUCAGUUGUUCGGCAGAAAUAAAUGCAAGAAGCAGGAAGCAGCACCGACUGCGAGCCGGGCGAGGGGUAACUGCACGCUGAAGCCGAGGCAGUUCCUCCUGACGAGGCUGCUCGGAGGCAGGGAAAAGGCCGCUUCCGCGGACAAUCUGACGAGGGUAUCCGAGAUAUCGGAGGAAGCGGUUGCCAACGGAGGAGCCAACAAUUUGCGCGUGCAGUUAUCGCCGAACGACCGCGCCAAGUCCGCCAGCACCGGCGAGUUGUCGAAGGACAACAAGGCCCGCAUCGACGACGACGACUCGUCCUCGCGGAUGGCCGAGUUGUCCACGAGGAAUACCAGCCAGCAGUCGCUGAGCUUGCCGCGGACGCCGGUCUGGGGUGGCUCGACGGAUUCCGUGUCCUCCGCGCAGCUGGCGUGUCCCCUCCUGCAAUCCUGCAGGGAAUCGGUGACGUCCGACUCGCUGCUGGAGCACAUCAGGACCCACGCGGUGCCGCAGGUGCACUUCUACUCCGGGGGCGCGAGGAUCCCGCUGCCGGUCCCCUUUGGAUGCGAAGCGCUUUACAUAUUUCAUCAUGGCAGCGAUAUAUUCUUCUUCCAGUGCGGAGAGGAAACGGCUUGGAUGAUGUAUCCCGCUAGGAACACGUGCACGAGUAACACGUGGGAGUGGACGAUGCACGCUUGGGGCGACAACGGCACGGAGGUGCAAUUGCGCAGGCAGGUGGCGAGCCUCGAAGAUCCUGUAACGUUGUCCUCGCAUCACAUCGCACCACUGCCGAGCGCAUUGUUAUUGAAGGCCGUUAACGUGCAGAUAUCGGAGCAUCGGGCCCACGACAGACUGUACAUGUAAAUGGAGCAAUGAAGUUUACGUAUUAUCUCUGUAAUAUUUCUGAUUAAGUAAAAUCUAAUUAGCUAAGGAGGUGAAUAAUCAUAUCCUCUUCUUGCAAAAGUAAUAAAAUUUAUUUGC